CGCAGACGGGAGAAAAGAAGCAUGAUCAGCUGCCUGUUAUUUUACGCUAUGUACCCGCUAUCACAGUACUUGCGUAGACGCCCCUCGGUUGUCAAUGGCAGGGUGGUGUGUGAGAGUGCUUCUGCCACAAGUCAGAUGUCCAUCAAUCUUCCAAAAAUCCCUCCUGACCAGCGGCUCAGCCAAAGCAGUUUGUCCACCGGACAAAAGAAGGAAAACAUGAGUGAACAAUUUUUCAACAAGGACAAUAAGACACCGGAUGCAAAACUGGAGCCAGACGUAAACAUGAGUGAGGCCCAAUAUGCAGCAAUGGAGAAUGCCUCAAAGGGAGUAGAAGUUAAACAGGAGACACCCAAAGAAGAAAUCGGGCAAAUGCACUGUCCGCUUGUCCAUCCAAACACUAAAGAAACUGAAUCUGAGGAUGAUGACUUCAUCUGUCUUAUAGAGGCUCUGACAAGGACGGAAAGCGCAGUCGAGCCAGGAAAUGCACCCGCACAACAAAGCGAGUGCUGGGAUGAAUAUGAUCCUCUAAUGUUCCCCGGUGUAGCAAACUGGAAGCAGACAUCGCUUCUCUCCAGCGCUGACAAUCGCCGUCAUCCACCCAGCGGAUGGCACUUCCCUGCGGGACCCGACGGUAAAGAGGAAAUCUUUUGCCCGCGCUGGCAGUUUCCUACUCUGAGCUAUCAUCCAUCACUGGAGCAGACAACGCCCUUUGAAGUAAUGUGGCGGUUAUGGCAAGAUGUCUCAACACAGCAGUCCGACACUUUCACGAAACCCUCCAUGGACUUUACUGUCAUGUCCUACAACAUCUUGGCUCAGGACCUGCUGGAGGCCAACAUUGAGCUGUACAUGCACUGCUCUCGAGAAGUACUGGAGUGGAGCAACCGCUACAGGCUGAUUUUGGAGGAAAUACAGAAAUGGGCGCCAGAUAUUCUUUGUCUCCAAGAAGUCCAGGAGAACCACUAUCAAACACAACUGCAGCCUUUUCUGACCCAGAUGGGCUACAACUGUGUCUACAAGCAGCGCACGGGGAACAAGACGGACGGCUGUGCCACUUGCUACCGCAGCAGUCGCUUCUCCGAGGUGUCGGUCAAGCCCGUAGAGUUCUUGAGACCCCAAACUAAGCUGCUGGACCGACACAACGUGGGCAUCAUCGUGCUGCUUCGGCCUGUUGUCUAUCAGGGGUCAGAGGUCACGUCGAAGGGAUCCUUGCUGUGCGUGGCCAACAUGCACCUGCUGUUUAAUCCCAGGAGGGGCGACAUCAAGCUAGCCCAACUAGCCAUAAUGCUGGCCGAAAUCAACAGUGUGGUGAAAACGUGGAAGAAUAAAGGCGAACACUGUAACGUCAUCUUGUGCGGGGACUUCAACUCUGUGCCGAGGAUGCCUCUUUACCAAUUCGUCACCACCGGGGAACUCGAUUUCCGAGGACUGCCGACAUGGAUGGUGUCGGGUCAGAAGGAUUUUUCACACAAAGCUACUCACGACGUACUGCGUGCUCCUCUAUGGCCCGACUGUCUUGGAAUUUCUGACCGAUGCCAGUAUGUGGCUUCCGGUGAGGUGAAUGCAAGCCACAAUCCAGUCACAGCCCCUCCUGGUGGAAAACGUCACUACAGCCACGACUUCCUCUUGGAACUGCGCUUUUGUCCACUUUCUUGUAUUCGUCCAAGUGAUUUACCAUUUAUUCCAGGUUUCACUGACAACAAUCUAGAUGUGUCAAGCAGAACUCAGACAGAUUUUAGUUUUCAACACAAAAUCACACACCAGUUAGACCUGGAGUCCGCCUAUGAACACACAUUCGCCGAUUCUGCUGACCCAGAAGUCACAACGCUGCACUCUGAAGGCGGAGCCAUCGUGGACUACAUCUUCUAUUCCCCUGAACGCAUCUCAGCUGGAGCAGGCCAAUUUGGUUGCGAAGGUCUGAAGUUGCUUGGCUAUCUCUCGCUGCUAUCUGAGGAAAGCUUAUGUUCCAUGGAAGGUCUUCCCAGCUACAUAUUCCCAUCUGAUCAUCUCAGUCUUGUGGCGAAAUUUCAAUUGGACUUGAACACACAGUGUUAAAAGCGGGUCUUGGAGAUAAUUUUGUAGUGGGCAAUAUUGCUCUGUUGUCUUUUGUUGUGCAUAUCCUCACUUGGGUUUCAAGUUAAAGGAGACGUGAAGCAAAAAGGUUUGAACAUUUCUAUACGCUGUAGUAAUAAUAAUGACCGUUGCGGUUGACAAUUUGCACAUUUUAUUGUAUUUUUUUUUAUUGUAAGUAUUUAAAAAGUGUUACUGUAUUGAAUACAUGAUUUUUUUUUUUCCAUUUGCUUUCAUUAAACGUUUUAUUCAGGACAAUGUAAUUUAGUCUGGAAAUGUUGGUGACAGAUCUUUUUUUUUUUUUUUAAUGCUUUUGCCUUAAUAGUCCACCACUGUGGAUUUGAAUCAAAUACUCGAGAUGCGAUUGAGGGAUGCCAUGUUUGUCACAUGAGUCGAUAUCCUUUGAGCGGUGCAAGUAAAAAAAAAAUGUCAUGCAUGGUGGACAUACCAAAGACUAUUUCAUGGAUGUGUAGUUUAAUGUGCACUACUUUGACCUUAAUGCUGCUUGCCUGCUUGUCUGCAUUGCUUUUGUAACAUCUAAUAUAUUCAUACAAGGAAGAAAGAAGUGGGUCAGCAAAUUUUUCUUCCUAACAAGGUGCCGUCUGUUUCCCAGUGUCAUAAACAAGGUCGAGUGUUUUUGCAUCUGGAGAGAAGAAUGGACGUUAGAGAUAUGUUUAUUGAAGCGUGGAAAAAAAAAAGACAACACAAACAUUUAGUCUGUGGCAAUUUAAUAACUACGUGUUUUCCAUGUGGAGUAUUUUACAUAUGACGAGAGUGACGUAUAAAACAGCAGAACUUGAUAGUUCUCAAAAGUACAAAGAUAAAAAGUGCAAUCAACUAAUAGCAUAACUGACACCUUUUUGGAAGUGUUCACUUGUUAAGGCAAGUAAAAAAAAAAAAAAAAAAUUGCUAUAAA